GAGAUGUAUACCAUUGGGCAUAAGAAAAAAGAUGGCAGCUUUGUUAGUGAGGAAGCUAGAUCAAAGAAUGACGAAUUACUAGAAGAAAUUGAAGAUGCAUCUGAUGAAGAUGAAGCCUUUGAAAUUGUGUUUGGGAAGGAGCACUCAGGUCGCGUUAGAGGAAUGGGGUUUGGGGUGGUUCCAUCUCAAAUGCGUAAGCGCAAAGCCUGUGCAGAAUCAUCUUCUAACAGUGUUCCUAGUCAAGCUGAGUAUAAUUCCCUUAAAGAAGAGCAUAAUUCCCUUAAAGAAGAGCUUGUCACUUUAAAAGGACAGAUGGCUGCAAUUAUACAGCUUAUGGGUGGUACACUACCCCCUAAUUUGGAUGCAGAUAUGGGCUCCCCAGGAAUAAGAAGAUCAUCUAAUGCGAGUCAUAAUCCAGCAGGCGGUUCAUCACCUAUUGUUCCACCACAACCUUGAAUAUUUUAUGUUGUCAUUCAUUAUGG